AUGAGAUUGGAGAAUGAAGGUGAAGUGAAAUUUAGUUCGUAUGAAGUGGAAAUGUCAGAGGCAAAGCCACCAAUACCUCUGGGGUCUGGUGGAGGUGGUGGUCCAGGCAGUAAAUAUGGUCAAAAUGGCGGCGGUAAUGGUGAUGGAUGGAAUGGUGGUAGCUAUGGUCCUGGUGCAAGCAGCAGGCAAGGGAGUUGGGACAGCAGCUAUGGCUACGGCAGGGGCUGGUGCAGGGGCCCUGGCUUAAGAUAUGGCAGCAGUAGUACUGGUCAUGGCAGCGAAGGUAACAAUGGAGAAGGGCAGUAUGGAAUCACUGGUGGGGGCCUAGACAGGGACAAUCAGCAGCUCCCAUACAGCAUGAAACCAUGA